GAAGAUAUAAUUGUCUUAUAUAGAAAUAAUAUAAUUAAAAAUACAUAGAAUAAAUUAUAUUUGUCCUCAGCCCGCGGGUUGGCCCGCAACCCGUACGGGUUGGCCCGCUAAACCCGCAACCCGUUAGGGUUGACCCACUGAGCCCGCAAAACAAUCGGGCCUGAAAAUGAUAACCCUAACCCACUUAUAAGUGGGUUGAAACGGGCCAACCCGCGGGUUUCGGCCCGUUUUGACGGCUCUAUGGAGACUGUUGCGGAAUCCUCAUCUUGCUGGAAGAAGCAUGCUUUCCCCCUUCCAUUGGGGGUAGACGUUUUAUCAAUUUGGAAUACCUCAAUUACUGUUACUCCGGCCGGGGAAAUUGUACUGCUAACACUGAAGAGAACACCUUCUCUUUGGGUUUUAUUGGAUAAGUUUGGGGCAUACCCUGUUUGGAAGGAAUUCAGAAUUGCUGGACUUGCUGACUUGCCCCCCAACCGUGUUUGUGAAUCAAUUGAAACUGUUGAGGUGCAAAACAUUGCUGAGAAUCUCUUUCACUUAGAAUAAUCUGGCCGGCAGGACUUCUUGAACAAACGCCAUGCUGGUCCUCUCCUCCAGCUUAUCAUUUCAUUUCAUCAUUAUCGUCAGUUAGACUGUUAGAGUCUUACCAUUGCCUCAAUUUUUCCCUUACUUUUUUACUUUCUUC